CUGGCUCCCUGCCAAAUUCUCCCCGCGCAGUCGGUUCAGGUCAGAGCCGCGCCGCCGCCCGCAGAAGCUGACGCCGCCGCCCGGACCUACCACCGCGGAGCGCGGCUAACCUCUGGCGCUCCUCCUCCUCCUCCUCCUCCCCCGCGACUGAAAAGCUCCACCAGGGCUCCUCCUUCCUGCUUCUCCCCCGCGGGCCGGUCCGCGCCUCUGCAUCUGGUGCCUACUGGGUCUUAUCCGCGCCUCCGGCUGGUCUUCUCCUCCUCGGCUCCUCCUGCACGGCUCCGCCUCUGCCCUCCCCCCCCCCGCCCCCCCCCUCCCUGGUCGAGGUGGUCGAGGAGAAGCUGCUACAGGGAGCUUUAGAAAAUAUUUAUGUAACUUGUACUAAUAUUUGUUGGGUGGCCCUCUGCGCCGACUAAUCAAGGAAGUGUGCUCCACGAAGUGCAUUUUUUGUGUAUGCUCUUCCUUCUUUGACUUGUGCUGUCAAUGUAAGGAGGGGAGGUCAGAGAACCUCUUUCUAUGCGACGAGCAGUGCUAGGAUUCUUGUGCCAAGCCCUUGUAAAAAGAAACCACCCUCCGACAUCGCGUCUUUACUCUCUGUCUUGUUGUUUGAAGAGCUCAAAUCAUCAAGAAACCAGUGGAAGCUCUGUUUGCAGUGAAUAUAGAAGCCAGUGUCUUCUUCCCCUGAUCACGCUAGCAGUCCGGACAUCAAGCUGGGACAAGGCCAGAAAGAUAAGCUUUGGGGAGUGUGUCAGGUUAUAUGGGCUAUCCCAGACAAUUGGGCUGUUUGCAUUGCUUAUGCGAUCCUUCUUGCCACAGAGAAUUAGAGAGAUUCGGUGCUUCAUCCGGAGCAUUGUUGAUUACUGUGGAAGUUCUGGCCGGGAAUUGUUUGAGUUGGCACCUAUGUUGGUAAGCAGUUUGGGUGGCUCAAUGACAUUGCUACAAGUUUAUGCUACAAUCAUUCGGAUUUUUGUAGAGUUGUCAAUGUUUGAGGAUGCUCUCCUCACUUACACUGAAGCCAAGAAGGUUGGAGUGGAGCUGCAGUUGUGCAACUUCCUGCUGAAGUGUUUAGUUGAGAGAAAUCAAAUCAUUUAUGCAAGGAGUUUGUUUGAUGAUAUGAAGAGUUCUGGUCCGUCACCAAAUGUGUACUCUUAUUCGGUUUUGAUGAGUGCGUAUACCCAUGGAGAUAGGUUAUACUUGGCGGAAGCUUUUGAGCUUCUUUCUGAAAUGGAAAUGAAAGGUGUGAAACCGAAUGCUGCAACCUAUGGCACUUACCUCUAUGGACUGAGCCGUACCAGACAGGUGGCAUCCGCAUGGAAUUUUCUUCAAAUGCUUUGUCAGAGAGGCAACCCUUGCAAUACUUAUUGUUUUAAUGCAGUGAUUCAGGGUUUCUGUAGAGAAGGUCAGGUUCAGGAAGCCAUAGAAGUUUUUGAUGCGAUGAAGAAGGGUGGGCUUGUCCCAGAUACUCAUAGCUACAGCAUAUUAGUUGAUGGGUUAUGUAAGCAAGGGGAUGUAUUGACAGGCUAUGACCUGCUUGUCGAAAUGGCAAGAAACGGAAUUGCUCCUACUCUGGUCAGUUACAGUUCGCUUUUGCAUGGUCUUUGCAGAGCUGGAAAGGUUGAAUUGGCAUUUGAGCUUUUUAGGAGGCUUGAAGAACAAGGUUUCAAGCAUGACCACAUAGUUUACAGCAUUAUUCUCAAUGGCUGUUGCCAACAUUUGAAUAUAGAGGUUGUCUGUGACCUUUGGAAUGACAUGGUUCAUCAUAAUUUUGUUCCAGAUGCUUACAACUAUACUAGUCUGAUAUAUGCAUUCUGCAGACAUAGAAAUCUGACAGAUGCACUGGGAGUAUUCGAACUCAUGCUUGACAGUGGAGUAAGCCCCAACGUUGUCACAUGCACAAUUCUUGUUGACGGCUUUGGCAAAGAAAGGAUGAUUGAUGAAGCUUUCUUAUUCCUUCAUAAAGUACGUCAGUUUGGAAUUGUCCCAAACCUUUGCAUGUACAGAGUUAUCAUCAAUGGUCUGUGCAAGGUCAACAAAUCUGAUCACGUGUGGGGCAUUUUUGCAGACAUGAUAAAAAGGGGCUAUGUUCCUGACACAGUCGUUUACAGUAUCAUCAUUGAUAGUUUUGUGAAAGCUUUGAAAUUACCGGAGGCUUUCAGGUUGUUUCAUAAAAUGUUGGAUGAGGGUACAAAACCCAAUGUCUUUACAUAUACGAGCCUCAUAAAUGGUUUGUGCCAUGAUGAUAGGCUCCCUGAAGUUGUGACAUUGUUUAAACAUAUGAUUUGGGAGGGACUGACACCAGAUCGGAUUUUGUAUACAUCUCUUAUUGUGUGCUAUUGUAAGCGUUCAAACAUGAAGGCAGCUUUGGAAAUUUUUAGAGGGAUGGGGAAACUGGGAUUAUCAGCAGAUGCAUUUCUCUACACUUGUUUAAUUGGUGGCUUUAGUAAAGUGCUUGCAAUGGAUGGUGCACAGUGUUUGAUGGAAGAAAUGACAAAUAAGGGGCUUACUCCUAGUGUAGUAACUUAUACAAAUCUCAUAAUUGGGUACUUCAAAAUCGGAGAUGAGAGAAAAGCUAAUAUGACGUACAACAGUAUGCUUCAGGCAGGCAUUACACCGGAUGCCAAGCUCAGUUGUAUAUUGGGCUUUGGCAACGAUGCUGAUGGUUUUGAGGAUUCUCGGGAAGAGAAGGAUGUAUCAUAGCAGCUCUAUUAACUCGCCGACUGACUCCUUUCAACAUCUCAUGAAUUGCACUGGUUGUGAACAGGCAGAGCAGUUUAAUAGAUUGGUAUUCAGCGAGGAGCUCUCAGAGCUUGUAGUAGCCUUGUACAAGUGAGACUGGAAUUGCAAGCAUUUCAUGUAUUGAAGUGGCAUAAAGAUCUAAGCAUUUAGGUUAUCCAUGUAUUCCUUGACUUUUCCUGUUUGAUAGUCAACUAACAAGCACAUUGAAAGCAGGGCAGCAGUGAUUGAUGAGAUCUGGCAUGCAGCAUGCUAUUGAAGACCCAGGAUAGAUCUACACUGGUGUGUCCAUGUGUGAACUGAACAAUUCUUGGAGCAUAUAGGUAACCUCAGAGAUAUACAUGAUUUCAGCAGGUUUGCAUCUGUUCUACUAUUUAGUUUUUUCAGGCCUUAUUUAUGCCUAAAUUCUAUUGUCAAUGUUCUACACAACUUGGUUCCGCCAAAUCUAGAAAAGGAACCUCUCAGAAUGGUAUUACACCUUGCUGCAGGAAAAUGUUCCGCGCCUGUAGGCUGUAGUAUCUUACAGAAAAUAGGUUGACGAAUUAGUUCCAUACAUCUCACAAGGUAUCCUAUUUUUGUUACAACAACAACAACUAAGCCUUUUGUCCCAAGCAAGUUGGGGUAGGCUAAGGUAUCCUAUUUUUGUUGUGUAAUAAAAAUCGGAGUAUGUUUAUAUUAAGCAUUUUAAAUUUUGUUUACUCUGUCUCUGAUGGUCCCGCCAUUUUCCCAGUCACUAGGCGCAUAAAAUUUCAUGUUACAGGACACGAGUUGCUGCCGGCUUGCAACAAUAUUUUGCUAAGCUGCAGGCUUGGCUAAGCGGACAUCAUUUUUUAUGACUAAUUGUGAAUCUAAUAACAAGUGUUUGAUUGAUUCGUCCAUGGAUUGUGUAAAUAAUCAAGGCGUGGAACCUUCCUUCUGAACUUCGAAACUCAAGGCCGGGUACAAGAGCUAUGAAUAUGACGUACUAUUCUGCAAUACUAUUUACGUGUCUCCUCCAAUUUUGGUUUCUUCAUCAGGGGCUAUCAACUUCCAAUCAACACCCUGGAUGCGAUUAGAUGAUUUAUUCUGAUUACACCAACCAUCGGCUAUUUGUAUAAUGAAGGAGCAGUAUAGUCUUUGUUCUUGCAAAUACUCAGCAGGACCACCAGGACAUGGAAAAUUCAAUCCUGAAACGAUUCAUUAGGCUAGCCACAUCCCCAGAGUACAUGAAGUUGCACAAGCCUCUAGUUGGAGUACUGUAAUAUUCAGACCUUACACCAACAAAUGUUGCAUCUAUCUUUAGUUGUCUGUUCUUUUACAUACCUGUACAUGGCUUUACGAUGACUUAAAAUGACGAACAUAGGAACAUCACUUUGUGACGACAUGCCAAAAAGCGUGAUUUCUGUGGAUAUGCUCCGGAAUAAACCAUGAAUUGAGAACUGGUUAGGCUUGACGGCCAUCCUUUAUAUGGAA